AUGUUUCUUGGAGCAUCCUGCAACACGGAUGACACCAGUUACCAGCCACUGACUGUGCCCGAGGAUGAGGGUCAGUUGCUACCCGAGGAUGAGGCUCAGUUGCUUCAGCUGGAAAGUGCAACCAUGGAUGAGCCCAUGGACGAGGAAACGGUGCCACCCAUCCAACACCAGGACUUUGCGCAGCAAACUGUCCAACUUCCAGAAGAAGAAGAGGAAGAAGAAGGAAAAGAAGAGGAAGUGGAGGAGGGGGAUGAGGAAGAAAAACAGCAAGUGUCUGAUGCUGAGCCGGAAACAGCAGAUUCGACGUCUUAUGAAGCUGUCGUGCAGCAAGCUGUUUCACGUGUUUUAUCCGACAUAGCUGUGCAGCAGACUCAGACUCGUACGCCAGCUGUCGAUGACAUGGAUGUUAAUCCGCCUGACAAAAAGGGUCCUAACGUUUGUGACAUUUGCUCAUUACAAUUUGAGACCUGGACACUUUUCAAAAAACAUAUCAAGUCACAUCUUGAGGAUAAGCCACACCGGUGUAAGAAUUGUCCUGCCUCUUUCAAUAUUCCUUCGAAUUUGAAAUUGCACGAAGCUGGAAACCAUAACACGGAUAAUCUGUGUUGUCCGAUUGAGACGUGCCUGAAGCGAUUCAACCGAUUUGCCAGUCUGAAGGCUCACUUGGCGUCCCACCAGCAGGAAGAGAGCCUCUUUUGUACCGAAUGUGGUGACGAAUUCGACAACCAGCUGCAAUUGGAUAAGCAUACAACAGAACAUUACCAAGAAUGGGUGAAGAAACCAGCUGCAAAAGUCUACAGUUGUAUACACUGCGGCCGACAAUACAGCAAGGAGUCUGUUUUGAAGGAGCAUAUGAGGUGCCAUUAUAAAAUGAAAAGCUCGUUAGGAAUACGCAAAAAUAAGAAGCCGGGCAAAAAAGGCAAUCACCUGCAUGAGUGUGAAACGUGUCGUAAAACAUUUCAGAAGCCUAGUCAGUUGGUAAGGCAUAAACGCAUACAUACCGGGGAGAAGCCAUUCAAGUGUGAUGUCUGCUCAAAGGCUUUCAACCAAAAAGGCUCAAUGAAAAUACACAAAUUAAAACACUCCGGAGCCAAGCCCUUCCAUUGUGAAUUCUGUGAUGCUCAAUUCAGCCAAAAAGGCAACUUGCGAGCCCAUGUUCUGAGACUGCAUUCGAUUCCAAGGUCUGAAGAGAAGGUGUACACGUGCCAUUUUUGCACCUGUGUGUUCCGCAAGGUCAGUCGUAUGCAUGCCCACAUCAAUCGCACUCAUCGCGAUCUCAUCGCCAAACAAACUGACGGAAAUGACGAUGACGAUGACCCUAACAAGGUCACAGGAGAGACAGAUUUGAUGGAGAUGGGUGAUUCUACUGCUAAAGAUUCUUCAGAUAAAGAAAACGACGAGGGACAAGACAGUUCUAAUCGACCCGAAGUUGGAGGCCGACCGACAUCAAAAUCUAAUCGUAAUGCCAGAAAGAAGUCUAAAUCUGCUGGCAACUUAUGUACUUACUGUGGAAAAUUAUUCAAGAAGCCAUCAGAUCUAGUCAGACAUAUUCGAAUUCACACUCAUGAAAAGCCGUUUAAGAUCGCAUCUGCGACAGAAACCUAUCACUGUAAGCACUGCCUGCUGCGUUUCUCAACCCUCAGCGAACGAGCGUUACAUAUCCAGAAUGCGCACGCUCUACUUGAGAUGGAGCAGUCGUCAAACGGACUAGAUAAGUCAGUCGUUUUGCCUGAACCGCUUAUCAUGACAGAAGAAGGUCUUAUGGAAGUGUACUUGGAGGCCGGAAAGGUAGCAAUAGGGUCUGAGGAGGAUCGGCCACACAAGUGUACAGAGUGCGAUUCCCGCUUUCGCAAAACCAGCAAUCUCACAAUUCAUAUGCGUACUCACACUGGUGAACGGCCAUUCCUGUGCGAUAUGUGUCCAAGGUAGCAUUUCAUCUCGAAUGCAGUCCUGAAAGCGCACAAGAACUCGCAUUUGGGCUUGAAGAAUUUCGGCUGCGAUGAGUGCGGCAAACAUUUCACCACCAAGAGCACACUGACCAGGCACAAGCAGACACACAGCUACUUCGGCAAGCCUUUCAUCUGCCCUUAUUGCAGUCAGAGUUUCAAGUCAAACUACUCUUGCAGAGUUCAUAUCAAGACGCAUUCCACUCUUGCCAUAGCUGAGUUGUUGAACCAAUCUCCUGAUGAUCCAUCGCCGUGCUUUGUUGACGAGGUGAAUAAUAUCGAAGAAAUUGGUGGCCCAGUUGAGGCCCAACAUGAGGUGCCGAUACUUGACCCUAACAUUGGCUUGCAAACGGGUGAAACGGUGGAGGUCGAUGUCGGCACAAUGCAACUCAUCGGUCAGGAUACCUAUCAAUUGAAUGAUGGAACGGAACACAUUAUUAGUGUUGAUCAAGGUACACAUACCCUCCAUGCACUGACAGAAAAUGGGGAAACGAUCAUGAUUCCCAAUCUACCCAUGCAAGAGGGUCUUACACAGGAAUCGAUCCGUGAGAUCCAGGAUUCUCUAAAUCACCAGGUGUACAGCCUCACUGCCGUUGAGAAAGAGCAGCCUUUGAAUUCAAAUGGAUUAUUUGAUCAGCCUUUUGAGCAAAUGGUCUUUUCUGCCAUAACUAGUCUCCCUACCGAUCUAGAACAAGUUCUACCCUCUUCAGUAAAUUUAAGAAGCAUUAUUGCUGAUAAAUUACACAGCUUGGAAUCGGUGAACGUACAUAUAGAAACCGACCCUGCUGAAGAGCAUGAGAGUGCAGUGGCGCAACACAUCAGCGAACAGGCAGACUCCAUCACACAUCUGGUCGAUGGCACACACCUUAUUACAAUUGUCAAUACCUCCGACAUCAAUCAAACAUUAAAUGAGUCCGAUAUCAAUCAAACUCUAACUGUGACUGAUAUCAAUCAAGCUCUAACUGUGACUGAUAUCAAUCAAGCUCUAACUGUGACUGAUAUCAAUCAAGCUUUAACUGUGUCUGAUAUCAAUCAAACUUCAAAUGAGACCGAUAUCAAUCAAACUAUGAAUGAGUCCGAUAUCAAUCAAACUCUAGAUGAAUCCGAUAUCAAUCAGACUCUAGAUGAGUCUGAUAUUAAUCAAACUCUAAAUGAGACCGAUAUCAAUCAAACUCUAAAUGAGACCGAUAUCAAUCAAACUCUAAAUGAGACCGAUAUCAAUGAAACUCUAGAUGAAUCUGACAUCCACCUAAACUGUUCCGAUAACAUCCAGCAAAGCGAAAAGCCUCGAUGCGAUGUCUGUGAUCAAGAAUUCAACACUCAGUCUCAGUUGCGAGUACACGAGAAAAACCAUGGAAAAGAUAGAUUGCAUGAGUGUACAUUAUGUGUGAAAUCCUUCACAACGACUGCAUCGCUCAUUAGACAUAUCAAAGCUAUUCACACUGUCGAAAAAUUGUUUGAGUGCUCGGCAUGCAACAACACAUUCCGCACAGAGGGGCAACUGAAGCGUCACGUGGCCGAGAGGCACACCCCAGUGGUAGAGAGGGGCAAGCAGAGGGGCAGGGUGCGCCGUGCGAGCGCCAAGUUGCGUCGUGGCGUCGUGGCCCGCCAGCUGACCGAGGACGAGGCCAACCGCCUGCUGAGUCAGCGACCGCCGCCCGGCGCUUCAGUCUCCGAAAAGGUGCUGAUUGCCUCGGUAGCCGAGAGGGGACACGUCAGCGAGCUCAAGAACAAGGCGGUGACAUUUGGCGGGGAGGUGCACCGCAACCGUUGCCAGUUUUGCCCGAAGAGCUUCCGCAAGCCGUCCGACCUGACGCGACACCUACGCACGCACACGGGCGAGCGCCCCUUCCAGUGCGAGUUCUGCAACAAGCGGUUCACAGUAAAGUCCACCCUGGACUGCCACAUGCACACGCACACCGGCGCCAAACAGUUCACCUGUCACAUGUGUAGCUCCCAGUUCGCCACCAAGGGUUCGCUUAAAGUCCACAUGCGGCUGCACACCGGGUCGAAGCCGUUCCGCUGUCCAGUGUGCGACAUGCGUUUCCGGACGUCGGGUCACCGCAAGGCGCACAUUGUGAUUCACGUGAAGGAGGGAACAAUUGCAAAAGAGGUGGCAGUGUCGCGCGUCUACAGCCGCCGCACUCAGCCGCAGCCGCAGCCGCAGGAGGAUGCGGAGGAGGAGGAGAGGGAACUGCAAGACCAGUUGCACACUGAGCCGGAGCAUGAGGAGGGGGAACCGCAAGACCAGUUGCACUCUGAGGAGGAGGAGGAGGGGGAACCGCAAGACCAGUUGCACACUGAGCAGGCGGAGGAGGGGGAACCGCAAGACCAGUUGCACACUGAGGAGAUGGAGGAGGGGGAACCGCAAGACCAGUUGCACACUGAGCAGGAGGAGGGGGAGGAGAAUGCGGCCAGUGUGGAGGACGAGAACAACGCCUGUUUGUUCCAGAUCUUCGACCAACAGAUUUCAGGCAUCGCCUGUGAUGAUAAUUCGCCUCAAACUUUGAUCCUGAUUCCAUCAAAAGAGAACAAUGCAGCCACCAUCAAAUUGAAGGGAGAUCUGGUCUGCAACGUCUGCUCGAAAGAAUUCUCAAAACCGUCCACUCUCACCAGACAUAUGCGAAUACAUACAAAAGAACGACCUUUCAAAUGUGAUGAAUGUGGUAAGGAUUUCAAUCAGAAAAACGCGAUGCAGAUUCAUCGAAAAAGUCAUACUGGAGAGAGGCCGUACAAAUGUCCCGAAUGUGAAAUCUCUCUGACUCAGAAGGGCAAUUUGAAAACACAUAUGAGGAGGUCGCACCAGUUUUCUGCCCAUACCACGGCACCCACUAAACAAUCAAAACAGGUGAAAAAUGUUUUCAAUUUGGAGUUUGAUGUGAUAGGUGAUAUAUUUGAACCAGAAAACUCGGGCGUGCCAGUGACUUGAUAGAAGGAUUUCUACACCCAUCUGUUCAGAAAAAGAAGCAUCUUUCAUUGCGUACGUCCAACAUCACAUAGUACAUAAUAAAUAGAUUAUAUUCAUAGCAAAUAAAUAAAUCAAAUAGCAAUAAAUAAGUUUAUAUGGUUAUAAGACAGCGAAUUCGAUAUUUCGAACAGUGUUACAUAAAAAUAGUGAUAAACCAUAAUUAUGAGGAAAAAUGUGAUAAUUUGUAAACUUAUAUGAUUAAAUCUUCAGUCAUUAUAAUUUAUAAUCAUUGCCUACUUGUAUUAAAAUAUUUAUUCAAUUAUUUGAACAAUACAUUCUUUUUUCACAUAAUUUUGUGAUGUAAUUGUAUUAAUAAUUUACACUUGGUUUUCAGUUUUAUUACUGUUAGUCUCAUUGUCACAAAAAUUUAAAUUUAUUGCGUUAUUUUUCUACUAAAUCUUUAGGGUUUGACUUCUAUCAAUAGAAAUUUAAAAUAUUAGAAAAUAGCUAUAUCAUUUUAUCAAGCAACUGCUCAUUUGAUGUAACAUGAUUAAUCUAGAGACUGUUCUGGCUGAGCAUCUGAUUUUUGAAUUGUCGAUUGAGAAUUAUUUGCUCUUGCAAUUUUCUCACUACUGAAGUGUUUUGUGAUUUCAAGCCGUUGCACCACUUUGGUAAUAUUCUGUAGGCUCUUCCAAUUUUCCGGCUUCUCUUCAACACAUACGUUUUCUUUCGGAUUGACUAGUAGAAAUUAACACAGCACCCAUGACCAUGGUGCACAACUUUCCUUGGAAAAAACAUUGAAAAUAGACCAGCACUAACAGUCACGUCAACCAAUAAAUCAGCCAAACAAUAAUUCAAAUUCAAAUUAUUUAAUAAUUAUUUAUAAAACACUCUAUUUAUUAUUCAAUUAUUUAUUUAUUAUAAUUAUUGUCUCCACCAUAAAAGAAGUCUAAAUUGAGUAGAAGUCUAAUAUUCAAGCUUCCAAUGUUAAAGUUGCAAGAUCGCAAGGUGCAAUUAUGUAAUAGCGCUUUCAAUUAUGAAAGUACAAAGGCGCUUUUUAUUCUAUUGAUAAAUGAAAUGAAAUUGAGUUUACAAUUUAUAUUUAUCAAUUAGAUUGAAUUAUAUAAUUUUUUAAUAAAAUCUUUGACAUUACAUAAAUAUAUUUUUACAAAGUUCUCUAUUUAUGAAUCCAAACUUUACUUGGAUUUGCAGGGAUUAUUAACUACAAAUGCAAAAUUCUUGUCGCUUGAUUGCAUCCAGAAUUAUUAAGUUUGACUUCAUAAAUAAAAUGUUUUGUAAAAAUAUACUAAUGUCAAUGAUAUUAAUAUAACGAUGAUACAAUUUAUUUUAUUAGAAAAUAACUGGUUAAGGAGCAGUCGGUGAAUAUGAUAAUAGGUACUAAAUUUUUUCGAAGCAUGACGAUCAAUCGUAUCCAGUCAUAUCAAUUUUAACAACAUUAAAACAUGUAGUUUAUCUACAUAAUAUAAAAACAUGUUGGUCAUAUUGAUGUUUUAAAUUGAUUAAAUAUCUUAUUACUCUUUUGUUUUUAUUUAAAUAUAUUCAAAUUUUGAAAUAUUUAUAUUUUAAAAAUACAUUCUAGUUUUCCAAGUUGUAAAUUUUCUUAUCUAGAAAGCGUGUUAAUUGUCGAUUCGCUUUUUAAGAAAUUAGCAACAAAUAGCCAAAAUUUGUUAAAAUCUCAGUUUACAACUCUGAUGUAAAAUUGGCUUCAGACGCUCGUACAGUUGAUGCCUGCUUCUUAGCCGAAUACAAAGGAAGCUAUGUUUUUAAUUGUGUUUUAAAGCUAUGUUUUUUAUUUAUGUUCAUUUUUUUACAAGGGAGCUAUGUUUUAAUUGUGUUUUUAAAGCUAUGUUUUUAAUUUUUUUUUUUUUUAAUUGUUAUAACGUUGAUAUUAUUCAUAAGUGUUUUGAAAUAAUAAUAUCUUUAAAAUAAUUGUUGAAACUUUUCUGUCUUUUUAUAAUGAACAUUACACAUGUUCAUUAUUACAUGUUCAAUAAAUGAUUUAGCCUACCAUAAUAAUGAUAAAUUGAUCCUGGAUUGAGAUGUCAUUAGAAAAAACUCUAUUAUUGUAAAUAAUGGAUUAUCUACUCCCACAUUAUGUUUCUUGUAUUUAAAGUUGUGCAUUAUUUUUCAACUCUAACUAGUUGUGAAUUAUUGAUACAUUAUUAUUCGCAUAGUUAAUCUUUGAUGACUUUGAUUUUUUGUGAACGUUGUAUGAAAGUAUUUAAUAUUAAAUAAUUUUAGUAAUUUAUGUUCUAAUUUAAAUGUAAUAGUUUCAAUAUUAAUUCUAUGAAUUCUUAUUUAUUUUUAUGUUUAGUUAUUGUGAUCAAAAUCGUCGUGAUUCAUUAUAAUUAUUACAAUAUUGUUUGCUUGUACUUUUAACAGAUUUUUUAAUAGAAAAUACCAUUUUAUGCUUUUAGUUAUGGACAGUAAGUGAUAUUUGAUAAGUAGGUGUAGUUUACUCACUUGGUGGGUUCUCAACUAAGCAAAAUAUUUUGUACUUCUUAUUCAUAAUAACAUAAUUUAUAACUUAUAGCUUCAGGCAUUGUAAAUAAACUAUAUUUGAUCUUAA